CGGGCGGAGCGGCCGGCUGGGGCAUGGAGGGCGCGGCGGGCGAGCGGGCCCCGCUGCUGGGGGCGCGGCGGGAGGCGUUCGCGGGCCGGCGCGCGGCGUGCGCGGCCGUGCUGCUGACGGAGCUGCUGGAGCGCGCCGCCUUCUACGGCGUCACGGCCAACCUGGUGCUGUUCCUGAACGGCGCGCCGUUCGGCUGGGAGGGCGCGCAGGCCAGCCAGGCGCUGCUGCUCUUCAUGGGCCUCGCCUACCUGGUGUCGCCGUUCGGCGGCUGGCUGGCCGACGCGCAGCUCGGCCGCGCGCGCGCCAUCCUGCUCAGCCUGGCGCUCUACCUGCUCGGCAUGCUGGCCUUCCCGCUGCUGGCCGCGCCCGCCACGCGCGCCGCGCUCUGCGGGGCCCCGCGCCCCACGCGCCUCCGCAACUGCUCGGCGCCGCCCUGCCCCGACGCGCCCGCCCGCUACUGCGCGCCCGCCGCGCUGGGCGCGCUGGCCCUGGUCGGUCUGGGCGUGGGCGCCGUCAAGGCCAACGUCACGCCCUUCGGCGCCGACCAGGUUAAAGACCGAGGUCCAGAAGCCACAAGAAGGUUUUUUAAUUGGUUUUAUUGGAGCAUCAAUCUGGGGGCAAUCGUCUCGCUGGGAGGCAUUGCCUACGUCCAGCAGAACGUGGGUUUUGUGACCGGCUAUCUCAUCCCAGCGGUCUGCAUAGGCGUCGCCUUCCUGGUCUUCCUCUGCGGCCAGAGCGUCUUCAUCACCAAACCUCCCGAUGGCAGCGCGUUCACCUAUGUGUUCAAGAUCCUGGCAUAUUCGUGCCGGCCCCAGAAGCGAAUCGGAGAGCAGAGUCACAGUGGUGAAGGCCUUGGAGUCCUUCAGCACUCUUCUAAACACAGUCUGUUUGAUUCAUGUAAGAGGUCUCGCGGAGGGCCGUUUACGGAGGACACGGUGGAGGACGUGAAGGCCCUUGUGAAGAUCAUCCCCGUGUUCUUGGCUUUGAUCCCCUACUGGACAGUGUAUUUCCAAAUGCAGACAACGUACGUUCUGCAGAGUCUCCAUUUGAAGAUCCCGGCGAUUUCCAGUAUCGCAGCCACUCCUCAUACGUUCCCGGCGGCCUGGCUGACCAUGUUCGACGCAGUUCUCAUCCUCCUGUUAAUUCCCUUAAAGGAUAAACUGGUUGAUCCCAUUCUGAGAAGAAAUGGCUUGCUCCCAUCAUCCCUAAAAAGGAUCGCCGUUGGAAUGUUCUUUGUGAUGUGUUCUGCCUUCGCUGCAGGAAUUUUGGAGAGCAAAAGGCUGGACCUUGUCAAAGAGAAAACCAUCAAUCAGACCAUCGGAAAAGUCGUGUAUUAUGCCGCUGACCUGCCGAUAUGGUGGCAGGUGCCACAGUACGUGCUGAUUGGUGUCAGUGAGAUAUUCGCCAGCAUAGCAGGUCUCGAGUUCGCCUACUCGGCCGCCCCCAAGUCCAUGCAGAGUGCCAUAAUGGGCUUGUUCUUCUUCUUCUCCGGUGUCGGCUCAUUCGUGGGCUCCGGGCUGUUGGAGCUGGUGUCCGUCAGAGCCAUCGGCUGGAUGAGCAACCACACAGACUUCGGCAAUAUUAACGGUUGCCAUCUGAACUAUUACUUCUUUCUUCUGGCCGCGAUUCAGGGAGCCACCCUCCUGCUUUUCCUGAUCGUUUCUGUGCGGUACGACCGGCAGCGCUCGCGAGCCAACGGGGCGGCUGCCAGUAGGAGGACCUGACGUCCCGAGGCCACGGCCCGGACUGCAGGCGGCCACGUGCUGAGCAGAGGAAGCUUCUCCGACUUCCUAACCACGUGCGUGGUCCCUGGAUUGCGUCUCCUCUUCUCCCAGAUGAGCUGGGUAAGUGCCUUUCCUUGGUCCCCCUCCCGGAGCAGACGCAGGCUCCUCAUCUGGACCACUGGGAGCCACAGGGACGGAAGCUCUCGGCCGAGCCAAUGGGGCCUCGGGAGACUGCGUGUGUGUCCGUCGGCGUCCUGGUGUGUUUCCUCCCUGUAGACCGAAUGAGCUCACUUUGUUUUCCUUUUUGAUUAACGCACGUCUGCUUGUCCCGAGGAAUGGGAGGGCUUUUUAAGAGGUGAAAGUCCAAUGCUGCAAAGAUGUUGUGUGAAGGUCAUGUUGACGGUUUCUGUCGUGAGAUGUGGGUCCCGCCGUUGCCCGGCUCGUCGGUGCGGGCCAGUAGUGAACCUGUUGUGUCUGCUGCUUCAGAAACAACUUCUCUUUUCAGCCAUUGACGUCGAAUUUUUUUCUUAAGAAAGAACUCGCAUCAGGAAAUAUUUAAGACUGUGUGUCCUAUCUCAAGCUACAAAACAACGUACAGGGUAUUUGAAACCUCGCCUGGUCUGUGUUUCUGGAUCACUUCCUUCUGGACACCACUGAGGUUGAAGACCAGUCGUGGAGGACCGUUAGGGACACGUGACUAGGAGCAGAGUCUGUGGCAUUUGAGACCGUUGGCAGUAUUCCACGUUACCUGUGGACUUGAGCUGUGCGGCGUCACCGGCUCCGGGAUUGUUCUGGUACUGGAUGUGGGGUUGCUAAUGUUGUGAAAUAAACUGUUCUGUUUGUUGCUGUA